AUGUUAGCCACCUUUUCAAGUGCGGUUAUUGCAAGUGCAUUGUUAGCUAGCUCAGUCAAAGCGGGCGAUCACUUUAUUCUGUCUCAAUGCCGCGACCUCUCUUACACUCGUGUUGAUCCCAUGACCAAUCCUGGGGGUGUUGGUCCACACGUACACAACAUAGUUGGGGCAUCUAUUUUCAGUCCCGAUUCCGGCUCUCCCGAUGUUCUGCAGCAAGCCAAAUGCUCGUCGACCAUGAUUCAGGAUGACAAGUCCAAUUAUUGGUCUCCCUUGGUUUACUAUAACCACGGUAAUGGCUCAUAUUCCCCCAUGAUCAGUUCCACUCGCAUCUAUUACUUCUUGAAACCGCUUAAUGGGACCACUCCGGUUAAGGCUUUCCCGAGGGGUUUGAGGAUGUUGGGCGGUGGUUAUGCCGAUCAUCGUCCAGAGCAAUACCCUCCUAGGGGUGAACUAAGCUAUGAACAACAACAGGCCCUGGAUCCUCGUAUUAACGCUAUCAAAUGGGGAUGCUCUGCGGGUGCUGUGCAAGGUCAAGGAAAUGGUGGAUCGCUCCCUGGCCAGCGACCAUACCUGCCUAAUGAUGCUCCCAAUGGCUGUGGAGUCCUCAACGCUGGUCUGUUCUUCCCGAGCUGUGGCGACGGUCGCUUGGAUUCAGAUAACCACUUUGAUCACAUGAGCUAUCCUUUGGAUGGUCCUAAUGGAUAUAACUGUCCUGCAAGUCAUCCCAAUAAAUACCCAACAAUUUUCCUAGAACAUUUCUAUUUCCCUAGCGAGAAUCAACCUUAUCGCGGUCCAAACCAGGAUAAUUGGAUUCUUUCCAACGGCGAUGCAACUGGUCUCAACAUGCACGGCGAUUUUAUCAAUGGCUGGAACCAAGACACGCUUGAACAAACAUUGCAACAAUGCAAUACCCCAAAUGCACCCGAGGAGCACCUUCAGAACUGUGCUCCUCUUGCCAAGAGCUUGAGUGUAGAGGCGGCUGACAAAUGUGUCAGUGAAGGAAAUAUUGCUGAUGAGGAUAUUGGUUUAUUUGCCCCGAUUACUGGCUUGCCUGGGUGCAACCCUUACUGGCCAGCAGAGUCUCGCUACAAGCCUUCUUGCAAGUCCAGCGGUGAUGUAGGGUUGGCUCAGCCCCGUGGUCGUUGCGUAUAUCCCGAUUUUAAGCUCAACCUCCCGACCAAUGGUGGAUCCAAGACCAAGACCUUCUCGAACCGUAAGGCGCGCUCCCAUUCUCAGCGUCACCGUGACUGGCAAAGCCGGAUGAUCAACUGA